AUGGGUGGCUUCAAGGCCGUCGAGGAUCGCCCGACGCCGAAGGAGGUGUACAACUGGAAGCUCUACAUUGAGGCCGCCAUCAUCGCGACCGGCUCUUUUCUCUUCGGGUACGACUCGGCUUUCAUCGGGACCACGAUUGCCCGCAACAGUUUCAAGAGGGACUUUGGCAUCAACGCCGGCAACUCCAACAACAUCUCCAGCAACAUCACCUCGGCUUUCCAGGCCGGGGCCCUGGGUGGCGCGGUCCUCUGCUUCUUCAUCACCGAGCGUCUGGGCAGAAAAUGGACCCUGCAGGCUAACGUCGUCAUGUUUAUUGUCGGCGCCAUUCUGAUGACCGUUGCGACGGACCAACUGUCAUUCAUCUAUGCCGGGCGCGUCCUGACGGGACUUGGAUGCGGUGGGAUCACGGCCACAGUGCCUUCGUACAUCGGCGAACUCUCGAUCCCCUCGAUCCGCGGCAUCCUCACCGGUCUGUUCGAAGUGGCAUACCAGAUCGGCUCCGUGAUAGGCUUCUGGAUCAACUACGGCAUCACGAAGACCCUCGACCCAAACCUGCCUAUCAGUUGGAGGAUUCCGAUGGCUUUCCAGCUGGUCCCUGCUGGAAUCCUCUUUGCGGGCUGUUUCUUCAUCCACGAGAGCCCCCUCUGGCUCCUGCGGCAGAACAAGACAGAGAAGGCGCACAAGGUUCUCGAGGGGCUCAGGGACCUGCCGAUCGACCACAAAUACAUGCAAGAGGAGCUCGACAUGUUCCAGAAGAAGAUUGACGAGGAGCGCGCCGUGGCCGCGCAGUACGGCACCGGACAAUGGGCAUACCUGCGUGGUGUUGCCAACAUGUUGGCCCGCAAGGGCAUGUGGAACCGCCUGGUGCUUGUCUUUUGUGCCUUCGCGCUCAACAACCUCUCCGGUGCUGCUGCCAUCAACUAUUACUCGCCGACCCUCUUCAAAUCUAUCGGCAUCACCGAUGUUUCCCUCUACACUGGAAUCUACGGCCUGGUCAAGGCCAUCGCCUCCAUCAUAUAUUUCGUGUUCCUGAUCGACGUCCUCGGAAGACGCUGGCCCGCCAUCGUUUCGUCGUUCGUUGGCCAUCCUGCCGACAUCAUCGCAGCUGGCAAGGAGCUGUCCGCCUCGACUGCCGCGGGUGGUAAAGCGGCGACCGGGAUGAUCAUGAUCUACUCCAUCUGCUGGUCUUUUGGCCUGAACGGCAUCCCGUGGAUCGUCAGUGCCGAGAUCUUCCCCGGCGCUCUCCGCAACUUCACCGGGACCUACGCCGCCCUCGUCGUCUGGGCCACACAGUUCGCCAUCACCAAAGCGUUGCCGUACAUCUUCAGCUCCUUCGGCUACGGGACCUGGUUCUUCUUCGCCUCCUGGAUGAUCGUUGCCACUGUGUGGGCCUACCUCUUCUUGCCGGAGACCAAGGGCCUUACCAUGGACCAGAUGGACGUUAUCUUGUAUGUGAUUUUGUAUACUGACUAUUUUCCUCUCAGCGGCUACGCCUACGAUGCCCGCCCAGAGCCCUCCACCAAGAUCGUCGAUGAGCCUUUGGAUGAUAACAAGGCGAAUUCAAGUGAGCAUACCGAGGUUGCAUAA